UUUAAAAUUUUAAUUGCGUUUUGCCUGUUGUGUGUAUGGAGCCGCCCAUUCUUGCCGACCGCGAAGCGAUUACAAUUCCAUUUGGUUAAAACGGGACUCUCCUCUGAGAGCAGAGGCACUCCUCUUCCCUUUCGUAUCUCUGCCUAUCCCUGCUUGCGAAUCUUAAGGCAAUGACAUUCAGGGCGUUUGAAGAGUCCUCUGGCGCCGCCCCUCGAACUUGGGCGCAGGCGCAGUAGCCUUAAGUAGUCUUACCAAAUUGGGAGUUUAUGAACUACGCAGGUCAAUAUGCCAGUCCUCAUGAAUAAAACGGAUAUAUGUCUCAACUGACAACAUGGCCAACCCUCUCAGAUACGAAGUACUGAAUCUGUACAAAAACCUUCUGUAUCUGGGAAAGGAGUACCCCAAAGGGGCUGACUACUUUCGAACUCGACUCAAGGCAGCCUUCCUGAAAAACAAGGAAGUGAAGGACCCGGAAGAAAUAAAAAAACUGAUCGCCAGAGGCAAAUUUGUCAUCAAAGAACUGGAAGCCUUGUACUUCCUCCGAAAAUACCGAGCUCUGAAACAACGGUACUACGAGGACAGCUGAGCACCAACCCGUUGUAAAGUCUGCAAGGCGGGUGCAGGCCAGGGGUUAAAUGGUGGGUGAUCGGGCUUGUAAUGGUAGUAAUAAAAUCUGUUGAAUAAUGUC